CGCCGCCUCAGCCCCGCCGCCGCAGCCCCCGCCGCCGCCGCCGCCUUCCCGCACCAUGGAGUUCUCCGAGAGGAAAAGAAGCAGGAAAUCCCAGAGCUUCAAACUGGUGAGCCGAGAUUAUCACCAUGAGGUAUAUAAGGUCUCAGAAUUCAGCAACGAUGUUAAUGGGGAAGCCAAAGAGACACAACCCAUUUUUUUAGGAGAUGAAAGCAUGGAAAUUAAAAAACAAAUUACAGGAAUGAGAAGAUUGCUGAAUGACAGUGCUGGGAGGAUAUAUCAGCGAGUUGGUAAAGAAGGAGAGAAAUUAAAAGAAGAGCCCCAGGACGUGGACUUAGUCUGGCCCCCGCGUCUGAACUCGUCCACUGAGGCCCCACCGAGCCUCCACCCGUCUACACGUAGUGCGUGGAAUGAGCUACCGCCCCAAAGCGGGCAGUUCUCAGGGCAGUACGGCACCCGUUCUAGAACCUUCCAGAGCCAGCCCCACCCCUCUGCGAGCUCCAACGGAGAACUUCCAGCGGUGAAUUCAUCAGUUGGAUCCAACUGCUGCACUUGUAACUGCCAGUCAACGUUGCAGGCCAUUCUCCAAGAACUCAAGACCAUGAGGAAAUUAAUGCAAAUUCAAGCAGUUGGAACUCAAAACAGACAACAACCCCCAAUUUCCCUUAUAUGCUCCCAGCGAACUGCUGUCUCACGCAAGAGAAAUAAAAAGAAAAAAGUUCUCCCAAAGACUGUUGAACCUCUUACUGUGAAACAGAAGCCCAGUGCGUCAGAAAUGGAGAGGAAGACGGCUGUGGCCUCGGAGCAGUCUGGUGUCCAAGCAGCCGAGCGUGCCUCCACGGAGGACAGCCACGUUGUGGGAUUCGGCAUUGUUCUGGAAUCACCUUCCUCAGAUCCAGAAGUGCAACUUGCUGAAGGCUUUGAUGUGUUUAUGCCUAAAUCUCAGCUGGACUCUAUAUUGUCAAACUACACUCGCUCAGGAAGCCUUCUGUUUAGAAAACUGGUGUGUGCAUUUUUUGAUGACAAGACUUUGGCUAACUCCUUACCCAAUGGGAAGAGGAAAAGAGGACUCAAUGACAACCGGAAAGGACUAGACCAAAAUAUUGUGGGUGCAAUAAAAGUCUUCACAGAAAAGUACUGUACAGCUAACCAUGUGGAUAAACUUCCUGGCCCCAGAGACUGGGUGCAGAUUCUACAGGAUCAAAUUAAACUGGCCAGAAGAAGGUUAAAAAGAGGCUCAGCAGAGGUAGCUGACGGUGAUGAAAGACUGGACGGAGUUUCUCUACCACCAACAGGUAAUAUAUUUGACACCAGGAGAGAAAACACGGAGGACACAGAACCAGGUUUCAUUGCCUAGACUUCCCUUUUAGUGACAUUGUUCGGUAGCACAUUCGGUAGACUCUUCCGUUUGAGUCUCCUCAAAGAUCCACGUAGCAUUUCAGGUUCCUGCACAAUGUGGGUGUUCUGUGAAGCUGGCCUGUCACGUUUGAACAGUUCCAUGUACUUUCUCUGUGAUAUGUGAUAAUCAAGCCUCCAAUUUGGGAUAAAGUCUUUAAAAAUCAUUUUCGGAGUUGAUUUGUUAUCCUUUAAAAGUCCAGCAUACGAUCCAGUUAGUUCAUUGCCCGUUCUGAAGAAGCGGUUCUCUCUUCCCUGUUUUUAUCCAAAACCUCAACGUGCAUAUAUAGAGCCUUAAAGCAUAUUUAUUUUAGUAUAAAUUGCUUAAUGUGGUAUAUAAAGGAGCAUGGCUCUUGUCUGUGCCGAGAGAGCAGUUGUGAAGGCCAAAGUUAAUCAGCCUUUCAUCAGCUUAGAAGAUGAGAACGUUGUUCUGGAAGACAGGAGAGCUCUGACCUGUGAGAUGAAAUGAUUUAUGACGUCAGUGCCCCCCAAAAUAGCCAUUUGUAACCGAGUCAGUGUAAAUGACAUGAAUUUUUAGGAAAGAGAAUACUUUCACCUAAGUUGCAGCAAUGCAAGGACAAAUUAAUUAAAAGAUAAAAAACUCAGCAUAAUCAGUUAUCUACAUGAUACCCGACUACCAUUUUAACAGAUGGUUUCAACUGAGUGGGCCAGGGUUUUGGUAUUGUGUGACGACUGGCCACAAAUGUCCUUAAUAUUAUAUAGUUUAUUUGGUUCCUAGUACACUCGCCCUCUACUUGCAUAAAACCAACAUAUGAAAAUCUGGAUUUAUUUUAAAGCUAUAUCUUGGCGUGUGGAUAUUUGUUUUACAGAAAUAUUUACCUCCAGAUUUUUUUCUCUAGGAAGAUGGUAUAUUUAAAAUACUGUUUUAUUUAGAAAUACUGUAUUCACACCUCAUUUAUUGUAUAAAGCAAACUGCCUUGAAUGUUUGACACUUUCCCCAAAGGCCAAAAAUUGGCAUGAAAGAAAUUUGGACUGUAGAGCCACCGGGCCCAGGGUUCAGGACUGCUAUGCUGGCGGUUUAACACCUUCCCCUAGCUCUGAUUUCAUCAAAGCACAGAAUGUUAGAGAUCAGAGUUACUGUGGAGGCCACUCAGUCCCACCCCUCAGGUGGGGAGGCUGAGGAAGAGUGAGGGUACUUGGUUGCCUGGGGCCACUUAACCCAUCAGUGGCCACCCCGGGUAGAAUCCGAAUUUCCUUACUACCCUGUCCAAGGUACUGAGAAACUAAACCCAGAGAGAGAGAGGGGGGCGCUCUAGGAUAAAUCAGUAUUCCACUAAAGACCAGCUAAUCAACUGAAGAUGAGGCCAGGCACCUCUGUAGGGUGACAAAAAGCUGGUUUGGGGUGUGGCCUGUGGCAACAGUCUAACUGCUAGACAAGUCACAUCUCCUAUGUGUGUGUCUUUUAUUUUUCUCCUUUUUGAAGCUAUAAGGAAGGUUCAGAGAAAUUAUUUCCAUCAUACCUUUUAGUUAGCCUUUUCUAUCUCUGGCCAGGAAGUAAUCCUUCCCCGAAACCAGUCCCUUUGUUUCAUCAAGUGGCCUGGAGGAAGCACUGCGAGCCAGGGCUUUUGUUUCUUUGCAGCAUAUGUUUUAAAAUUUGUCUUCUGCCUCCCAGAAGGAAGCCAUUUCUCAAGGGAAUAGAAAAGAUUAAUUAGUGACCUUUCACUCUAUUAAAAUAGGAUGACUAUGUUGCUAGUAAAGUUAAAAACAUUUACCUACAGCUGUGGGUCUGUUAAAUAUGCACCACCAACCUUCAAAAGCACUUCCUUCCAAGACUGGGCCACAGCUUGGAGCUGUCACUAGUUGAGGAGGGGUGGGGGCUGUUUAGCUCGCAGACGUGUGCAAUGGAAAUACAUAUCAAUGGAAAUACACACUGGAAAUACAUA